AAACAGGACAAAAAAAAGAAAAGCAGUGAAGAAGAAGAAGAAGAAGGAAGAGAUGAGCGUGUAAACGAAAGCGAUAAUGAAGGAGAUAAGUAUAGUAGUUCGGAAGAAGAAAAUAACAGUGAAAACCAUAAAAACGACAACAAAGAUGAGCAACAAGAAAACGGCAAGAAACAAGAUACAAAAGAAAACGACGAGAGUGGCAGCGAAAACGAUCAGAAGAAUCAAGAGAAUUCAGAAGACACUGAAAGCGAAGAAAACAAAGAGGAUGAACGAGAAGACAAUAAACACGAGGCGAGUGAACAAGAGGCAAAUAAUAAUGAGAGUAGUAACGAAGGUGAUAAAAGUGACGAUUCCGAAGAAGAAAAUGACAACGAAAAUAAAAAGGAAAAUGAGGAGAGUGGCACCGAUAAUGAGCAGAGUUCACAGGGCACUCAGGGCAAAAAUAACAACAGCGCGGUGGAAGAAACAAAUCGUAAUGAGAGUGAUAAUGAAGAUUAUAAAAACGUUAGUUCCGAAAGAGGCAACGGUACCGAAGAUAGUAAAAAUGAGAAUGAAGAGGAGCAAGAGGCAAGCGAUGAGGAGAGACCACCAAAUGAAUCUUCCAAAUGUGACACCAAAAAUAACCAAGAUAACCAUGACGACAAAGAAGGAGGAGGGGAUAAGGAUGAUGUGAAUGCACAAAACCAAAGAUAAUAAUCAAAAUAAUAAUUAAGAUGUUAAGGAAAAAGACUCCAAAGAAAAUAGCAUAAUUUUUAUUAUUAGUUUCGGUUUGUAAAAACGUGGAAACUCAUAUAAUGUGGUUACGAAUAAAACAAAACUUUGUGAACUCAA